CGGCGGUGGCGGGACCGGCAGCAGCAGCAGCAGCUACAAGCUCUCAGUGCCGUGGCGCUGCCGCACGAGCCCCACGAGCCGCCCACCCCGCCGCCCUCGGCGCUGCCUGACCCCGCCGGCGUGUCCGCCAGCCGCCAGCCCCGGCAGCGCCCCCAGUCGUCCUCCGACUCGCCCUCGGCCUUCCGCGCCAGCCGCAGCCGCAGCCGCAACGCCACCCGCAGCCUCAGCCCUAGCCUUAGGCACAGCCACCGGCACAACCCCAGCCCCAGCUCCUGCUGCAGCUCCUCCAGACACAGUUCUUACGCCGACACCCUGGAGGUUGGGAUGCUCUUGUCCAAAAUCAACUCGCUUGCCCACCUGCGCGCCGCGCCCUGCAACGACCUGCACGCCACCAAGCUGGCGCCGGGCAAGGAGAAGGAGCCCCUGGAGUCGCAGUACCAGGUGGGCCCGCUACUGGGCAGCGGCGGCUUCGGCUCGGUCUACUCAGGCAUCCGUGUCGCCGACAACUUACCGGUGGCCAUCAAGCACGUGGAAAAGGACCGGAUUUCCGACUGGGGAGAGCUGCCCAAUGGCACUCGAGUGCCCAUGGAAGUGGUCCUGCUGAAGAAGGUGAGCUCGGGCUUCUCCGGCGUCAUUAGGCUCCUGGACUGGUUCGAGAGGCCCGACAGUUUCGUCUUGAUCCUGGAGAGGCCCGAGCCGGUGCAAGACCUCUUCGACUUUAUCACGGAAAGGGGGGCCCUGCAGGAGGAGCUGGCCCGCAGCUUCUUCUGGCAGGUGCUGGAGGCUGUGCGGCACUGCCACAGCUGCGGGGUGCUCCACCGCGACAUCAAGGACGAGAACAUCCUCAUCGACCUCAAUCGCGGCGAGCUCAAGCUCAUCGACUUCGGGUCGGGGGCGCUUCUCAAGGACACCGUCUACACGGACUUCGAUGGGACCCGGGUGUAUAGCCCUCCAGAGUGGAUUCGCUAUCAUCGCUACCACGGCAGGUCGGCAGCCGUCUGGUCGCUGGGGAUCCUGCUGUAUGACAUGGUCUGUGGAGAUAUUCCUUUUGAGCAUGAUGAGGAGAUCAUCAGGGGCCAAGUUUUCUUCAGGCAGAGGGUCUCUUCAGAGUGUCAGCAUCUCAUUAGAUGGUGCUUGGCCCUGAGACCAUCAGACCGGCCAUCCUUCGAAGAAAUCCAGAACCAUCCCUGGAUGCAAGAUGUCCUUCUGCCCCAGGAAACAGCUGAGAUCCAUCUGCACAGCCUGUCACCAGGGCCCAGCAAAUAGCAGCUUUUCUGGCAGAUUCUCCUCUCCCCGUCAGAUGCUCGAGGGAGGGGAAGCUUCUGUUUCCAGCUUCCCGAGUACCAGUGACACUUCUCGCCAAGCAGGACAGUGCUUGAUAACAGGAACAACAUUUACAACUCAUUCCAGACCCCAGGGCCCUGGAGGUCGCCUCCCAACAGUGGGGGGAAGAGACUCUACUCCAGGUGUCCUAGGCCUCAACUCCUCCCGUAGAUGCUCUCUCCUUCUCACAGAACGUCCAGCAAGCACUGCUGGGCUCUGUAAACUCCCGGGGGUGGGGGGUGGGGGGGAUCAGAACCCUGCCAUGGAACUGUUCCCUACAUCACGAGUUCUGCUGAAUGCCGCGAUGGGUCGGGUAGGGGGAAACAGGUUGGGGUGGGAUAGGACUAGCACCAUUUUAAGUCCCUGUCACCUCUUCCGACUCUUCUGAGUGCCUUCUGUGGGGACUCCGGCUGUGCUGGGAGAAAUACUUGAACUUGCCUCUUUUACCUGCUGCUUCUCCAAAACUCUGCCUGGGUUUGGUUCCCUAUUUUUCUCUCCUGUCCCCCUCUCCCCAUCCUUCAUAUGAAAGGUGCCAUGGAAGAGGCUACAGGGCCAAAUGCUGAGCCACCUGCCCUUUUUUUCUGCCUCCUUUAGUAAAACUCCAGAGUGAACUGGUCUUCCUUUUUGGUUUUUACUUAACUGUUUCAAAGCCAAGACCUCUCUCUCUCUCUCUCU